AUGAGAACUCAAUUAGUACUAAGUUGUCUUGUUUUUGUGUGUAUUGUUCUUUGUGAAGUUGUUGCGGGUGCAGGGAAUGUACUCCGCAACAACUUCUAUAAGAGCACUCGUUGUCCAAAUGCUGAACAACUUAUUAGAGAUAUUACUUGGAGCAAAGCUAAAAAUGAUGUUACAUUGGGUGCUAGAUUGCUUCGACUACACUACCAUGAUUGUUUCCUUAGGGGGUGUGAUGCAUCAGUAUUGCUGGAUACAGAGGGAACAGAACAAUCAGAGAAGGAGGCUGGACCAAAUCUCUCUUUGGGUGGUUUCAAUGUAAUUGAUGAUAUCAAGAGACAAGUUGAGGCUAAAUGUCCUGGCAUUGUUUCUUGUGCUGACAUUUUAGCCUUAUCUGCUCGUGAUGCUGUUUCUUUCCCUUUUAAAACUUUAAUGUGGGAAGUGGAGACCGGAAGAAAAGAUGGAAAUGUUUCCCUUGCAAGUGAAGUGAGCUCAAACUUACCUUUACCAGAUUCAAAUAUUUCAACUCUUCAGCAACUCUUUGCAAAGAAAGGCCUAAAUGUCGAUGAUCUCGUUGCAUUAUCAGGUGCUCAUACAAUCGGUUUUGCUCAUUGUGGAGCAUUCUCAAAAAGACUCUUCAAUUUCACUGGCAAAGGUGACAUGGAUCCAUCUCUCAAUGCUACAUAUGCUGAAUCUUUGAAGAAAUCAUGCACCAAUCUAGCCAAUAUAGUGGAAAUGGACCCUAUGAGCUCAACUUCAUUUGAUAGCAAUUAUUUCAACAUUCUUAUUAAUCAGAAUAAAGGAUUGUUCCAAUCAGAUGCAGCACUUCUCAAAGACACAAACUCAGUUAAUGUUGUCAAGAAAUUGCAAAACGAUAAGGCUUUCUUCGUUGAGUUUGGGAAAUCCAUGAAGAAAAUGGGAACCAUUGAAGUUCUUACUGGAAAUGCUGGACAAAUCAGGAAGAAUUGUCGCGUCAAAAACUAA